AUGAGGAAGACUGUAAUUGUGUUGUCGGACCACCUGGGAGGCAGAGGAGAAAAAGGAAGGGAAGGACCACCAGGACUUGAUGGUAAGCCUGGUAAGAACGGCAGUCCAGGGAAAUCUGGCCCUCCUGGAUUACCAGGAUUGAAGGGUGAUGUUGGCCCUGCUGGACUGAGAGGAGAGCCUGGUCCACAAGGAAGCAUGGGAGAGAGAGGAGAAUCAGGCUUACCAGGAGAACCAGGCCCUUCUGGACCAAAGGUGAGUUCACAUGGAUUUAACCUGUAAUAUUGUAAUUGUGAACCUUUUAGCUUUUAGCUAAACUUGAAUAUAAUGCAUAUACAGUAUUAGGCUGUACAUGUGAUUAUCAACUGGCGUCCUGAGGGCCGAAUCAGGCCCG